CUAUUCUUAUUAUAUAUUGGUUUGGUAUAUUUAUUGUAUGUUACUAUGUUUACGAACCUCAAAAUCCAAUCGUAUUCGUAAUCAUUAAAUGAAAGUCUCGUAGUCUAGCCGUGUUUUAUUACGUGGUUGGGUCGAUCACACUGAUGACGAUACAAUAUUAUUUUAGUUACUUAGAUGACGUAAGCAACAUAAACCAUUAUUAGAUCGAGAAAAAAAUAAUAGGUACACAUUAAAAAGUCAUUGUUUUAAUUCGUUAUAAUGUCAGCGAAGUCUUUACAGAAAAAAAACUCAGAUUCGUUGGGCUUGGCAAAAAUUUAUCUCAUAGCUUACAAUGGAAUUCAAACGUUGGGGUGGUCGUAUUUACUUCUACAGUCUGUUGCGUAUUUCUUGAAUCGUGGAACAUUAGAUAACUAUUGGAACGAAAUCAAAUACACAGUACUAAUAUUCCAAACUGCAGCAUUGUUAGAGGUGGUACAUGCCGCCAUAAAACUUGUGCCGUCCAGCGUUGUCGUGGUCUUCAUGCAGGUUUACUCACGAGUGUUCCUCGUGCUUGGGGUCCUGUUGGCCACAGAUAGCGCGACUGUCAGCCCUGGCUUGCCACUCUGUAUCUUAGCAUGGUCUAUCACGGAGAUAAUUAGAUACGCCUAUUAUGCUUUUAAUUUGGUCAACGUCGUACCACAAACACUAUUGUUUUUCAGGUAUUCAACGUUCCUCGUCCUCUAUCCUCUUGGCAUUACCGGAGAGCUUCUUUGCAUGUACCACUCACUUGAUGAAAUCCUUGAAAAAAAAUUGUUAACUUUGUCUAUGCCGAACAAAUGGAACUUCAUAUUUAAUUACUACAACUUUCUCGUACUUUACAUGUUUUUAUACAUUCCAUUGUUCCCUUAUCUCUUUGGACACAUGUUGAAGCAACGGAGAAAAAUGCUAGGGGGUGAUUCAAAGAAGUCUAAAUAAUGUUAUAGAAUCUCUAAAAUAAUGUUAUUUUUUACUUAUUAAAAUUUUACGUUUUGUAUUUAA